AUGUCUGCCAGAAAGCGGGCAGCUUCGGGCCAACCAACCAGGCUCACAUCGCGUGUCAGCGAAUUCAACUCGCGAGUGACGCUCUUCGAACCCACAGACUUGCCGCUGGCAGGAACAGAAGGCGGAUCUCCGCGUCGUUCAAAACGCAUUAAACUGGAGGUCAAAUCUGAGCCCGUUGGCGACAUGGAGGAUCUUAAGCUCGCCUCGGAUUCCGUGACCCCGAAGAGGAAGCGGAGAGUCAUCAAAGAUGAGGACAGUGAGAAUGCUGUCGCGUCGAGCUCCAAAACGCCAGCGAAGUCUCCGAAGAAGCCUAAAUCUGUACCCCAAGCGUUGGAGAAGCCACACCCAGCACCAUCGAACUGGAGGGAGACGUAUGACACGAUCAAGGCGAUGCGGACGCGUUUUGUUGCGCCAGUCGACACGAUGGGUUGUGACCAGGCUCAGUGGAAGGAGUCGGAUCCUAAGAGUCGCAGAUACGCGACUCUCGUCUCAUUAAUGCUUUCCUCGCAGACUAAGGAUGAAGUGACGGAUGCUGCGGUGUCGAAGCUGCGAGCAGCACUGGGUGGCAGCCUUUCGGUCGAGGCCAUGAUAGCGGCGGAUGAUUCUGUGAUAUCUGAAGCUAUCGCGAAAGUCGGCUUCUGGCGGCGGAAGACAGGAUACCUCAAGCAAGCUGCUAUCAUCCUCCGAGACCAAUUUCACUCGGACGUACCUAAGACGGCGGACGAGCUAUGCUCACUACCAGGAGUGGGUCCCAAGAUGGCUUUUCUGUGUCUACAGAUUGCAUGGGAUCUGAAUCAUGGAAUUGGCGUCGAUGUGCACGUUCAUCGAAUAACAAACCUUUUGGGCUGGCACAAGCCACCCACAAAGAACCCAGAACAGACACGACUCAACUUGCAGUCAUGGCUACCGAAAGAGCUUCAUGGUGACAUCAACCACAUGCUCGUUGGUUUUGGACAGGUUAUUUGCCUACCUAUUGGUCCAAGAUGCGACGUCUGCGACCUCAGCAAGAAAGGUCUCUGUCCUAGUGCACAGAAGGUCGUCAAGGCGUCCAAAUCCCGGAAGGAAAUUGUGUUUACUAAAGUCGAGGAUCUGGAGGGUUCCUUCCCGGAAGUGGAGAUCGCAUUGGAAGAGGAGUUAGAAGAAACGACGGUCAACAUCCCUCCGUCGCCGUAA